AUGGUGGCAGUUGAGGUGCCUGUGUAUGAUGUUGAGGAUUUAAGCGUAGAGUACGUACGUGUUUACAGCUCACAACAUGCUGACUGCUUUUCCCCGGGAGGUUCCCAACCACCAAAUACACAAAAAGAGCCUUCACCACCACCAAGAGAGCCCUCACCACCACCAAAUACACAACCACAGCAACAACAACAACAGAAAGAACAUCAGCAACAACCACAAACAGAACAUCAACAACAACAACAAACAGAACAACAGCAACACCAACCCACAGAACAGCAGCAACAACAUCAAACAGAACACCAGCCAGAUCAGACACCCCCUCCUAACAGGGCUGAGUUAAACAAAGGGAGGGGUUUCAGAAUUUCCAGAAGUCAUGCUAAGAAGACGGGUGAGUUUGUUCCUAAGAAGAGGGGGGGAAGGCCUGCUGGUUCAAGGGUGAGGAAACCCACUGCAUACAAUGUGGAGGAAGAGGAGCAAUGGGAUGAUGAGAGUGAUGAUGAAAAUUUUGAGGAGAGUGAGAGUGAUAGUGAAACUGGUUUCAACUCCGACGAUUUCAUUGACGAAGAAAUUGAAGAAGAUGAAGAACAAGAUGUUCUUAAGGAGGUAAUUUCUGAGAGAAGUUUUGAGGAUCAUUUAGAUGGGAGUAAUAAGCUGGAUAAUUUGUAUGCAAAUGGGAAAGUUGUGGGAAGCAUGCCAUGGGGGACUAUCAAGUUGCAACCAUGGAUGAUAUUCCAAAGCAAGACACACUUCAUGGAGGUCUUCAGAGACUUUUGUAUUCAAGAGGGAUUUGCUGUGAGUGUUGAAAAGGCUGAUACAACCAGAUUCACUGCAAUGUGUCUGGUUGAGUCAUGCAAUUGGAGGAUCCAUGCCUGUGUGUUGUUGGAUGGGGUCAGUUGGGCCAUUAAAACUCUUGUCAGUGAGCACAAGUCUUGUGGGAGACUUGAGGAGAAUCCCAUGGUGACAUCUCAGUGGCUAUGCACCAAACUACUUCCUGACAUUGAAGCAAAUCCAGAAAUCCCAAUUAAGACACUUCAAAGAAAGGCAUUGGGGAUUUAUAGGGUACAAGUGAAACAGAGGUUGAUGUACAAGGUGAGAAACCUCGGGAGGCAGCAAAUUUAUGGAGGUUUUGAUGAGUCAUAUGCCCUUUUACCAUCCUAUGCUGAAAUGAUCAAAUCUACCAAUCCUGGGAGUUAUGCCUUGGUCACUUGGACUGCAGAUUCUGGUAACGUGACACCCCGUUUCAAGGCUUGCUUUUUCUCCUUUGCUGCACAAGUUAGGGGUUUCUUAAGAGGUUGUAGGCCUAUCAUAGGCAUUGAUGGUGCACAUUUGAGUGGAUACUAUAAGGGAAUUCUCCUCACUGCAGUUGCUAUCGAUGGGAAUAAUGAGAUUUUUCCAUUAGCCUAUAGCAUUGUGAGUACGGAGAGUAUGGACACAUGGUCCUAUUUUUUCAGAAGUUUGAAGGCUUUGUUUGUUCAACAUGGGUGCCAGAGGGAUGACUGGACUUUUAUUAGUGACAGAAUGAGGGGAGUAGAAUCUGCUUUGUAUGAUGUUUUCCCCAAAGCAGUCAGGAGGGUCUGUGCUCAGCAUCUGUAUACCAACUGCAGACAAGCUGGAUACAGUGGCACAGCCUUCCAUGACUUGUUCUGGGUUGCUGCUGAUGCAUACAAUCCAUAUGUCUUCAACAAAGCCAUGGAAAAGAUUGGCAAACUCAUCCCAGAAGCAGUGGGAUAUCUUGACAAAGUGCCUGAACAGUGGUCCAGACACAAGUUUGAUGUUGGGGUCACUUGUGAUCACAACACCACCAACUUUGUGGAAUCCUUCAACGCGUGUACCAAACCCUUUAGGGAUCUUCCUGUUUUGUCACUUCUUGAAGAAAUAAGGUCUUGGUGCAUGACGAAGAUCGGGGCCAGAUUUGAUAAAGCUGUUGACAUUGGACCCGAUCAAUUGACGCCAUAUGCUACUAAGGAGCUUGAAGAGAGGAGUGCUGACUCGAGGUUCUGUUAUGCAACUAAUGCUGGGGGGGUGAAUUUGAGGUUUUAGAUGGUCAUGUGAAGUUCCCUAUUAGGCUUGCUGCUAGAGUUUGUGGUUGUGGGAAAUGGCAAGGGUGUGGUAUACCUUGCAAGCAUGCUAUUAGGGUAAUAUACCAUCAAAGACUCAAUCCUACAGAUUUUGUUUCUCCUUACUUCAAAGGGGCAGCCUAUAAGCUCACAUACUCAGAGCAUAUUCACCCCAUGCCUGACUCAACACAGUGGCCUACAUUUGAGCUACCUAGGAUUCUUCCCCCACUAAUGAGAAGGGCAGCUGGCAGACCAGCCAAGCAGAGAAGAAGAGGUGCUCAUGAGAAGAAGAGGGGGAAAAGAAACACCACUGUCAAGUGUGGGAAAUGCAAGCAAAUUGGGCAUAACUCAAGAACCUGUAAAGGAGGUUCCACUGCAAAACAGAGGAAAGAAUCUGCUGCAGCUGCUGCUGGUUCUGCUGGUGCAUCAACAUCUGGUGCUAGGAAGAGGAAGGCUCCAACAUCUAAUGCAUCGAGCAGCAAGAAGUCCAAAGCUGCAUAACUAGAAGUAAGCUUAGGAUUCAGUUUAGUAUUUCUGUUUUAAAGCUUAGGUUUAUUUUGAAAAACAACUUAGGUUGUGGCACAUUUUGGCAUUUUUUUGUAAAGCUACCCACAACUUGAUGUUCGGUUUAUUUUGGAA